AUGGGCAACAAGCCCGACACUGCUGAGGCCCAUGUCUCUGGCCAAUCGAACAACCCCAUGAGCCAACCGGCGCAUGCUCUUCCCUGGAAGACCGUCGUCGAAGAGCUAAAGACCGAUGUUGACGAUGGUUUGACUGCCUCCGAGGCCAAGUCAAGGCUGGACGAAUUCGGUCGCAAUGAGUUGGGCGAUGGAGGAGGCGUCAACCCGGGAAAGAUCCUCACCCGGCAGAUUGCCAAUGCCAUGACGCUCGUUCUCAUUAUCGCCAUGGCGGUAUCCUUUGCCAUUCAAUCGUAUAUCGAAGGUGGCGUUGUGGCCGGUGUUAUCUUCAUCAACGUGGCUGUUGGUUUCAUUCAGGAAUUCCAGGCCGAGAAGACUAUGGACUCCCUGCGAUCGCUGAGUUCUCCAACUGCUCAAGCCGUUCGUGACGGCGAAUCUACCACCAUCUCCACCCAAGAAAUCGUUCCUGGCGAUCUGGUCGAACUCAAGACUGGAGACACUAUCCCCGCCGAUGUCAGACUGACUGAGGCGGUCAACUUCGAAACCGACGAGGCUCUUCUCACUGGCGAGUCGCUUCCGGUCCGCAAAGCAGUCGACGAUAUUUUCGAUGCCGACACCGGUCCAGGCGACCGAUUGAACGUUGCCUACAGCUCUUCAACCGUAACCAAGGGACGUGCUACCGGUAUUGUCUUCGCUACUGCCAUGUGCACUGAGAUCGGAUCUAUUGCAGCUGCUCUCCGCAAGAAGGACAGCAGACGCCGCCCUGUUAAGCGUAGAGACGACGGAUCCGCCCCCUUCUACCGAUACUUCCAGGCUGCUGUACUUACUGUCACUGACGGCAUCGGCGUUUUCCUUGGAGUUAACGUUGGCACUCCCCUCCAGAAGAAGCUCUCCCGGCUCGCGCUGUUGCUCUUCUUUAUCGCUGUUGUCUGCGCCAUCAUCGUCCUUGGAGCCAACGAAUUCCGCAACCAACGCGAGAUUAUCAUUUACGCUGUUGCUACAGGUCUCUCCAUGAUUCCUGCAUCCCUGGUGGUUGUCCUCACAAUCACGAUGGCCGCCGGCACGAAACGAAUGGUCGAGCGAAACGUUAUCGUUCGCAACCUCCGCUCCCUCGAGGCGCUUGGCGCCGUCACCGACAUUUGCUCAGAUAAAACUGGUACCUUGACGCAAGGCAAGAUGGUGGCGAAGAAGGCUUGGAUUCCAGCCAAGGGGACAUACACCAUCGGGGAAUCCGACCAGCCAUUCAAUCCGACAUUGGGCGAUAUCAGCUUCACCAAGAAAGAGCCGCGAAAUGUGGAAAAGUCGGAUGAAGAGAACAAGUCCAGCUACGAGGAGCUACUACAAAAUAACGAAGCUUUGAAGGACUACCUUCGCGCUGCAUCGCUCGCCAACUUGGCCACUGUACACCAGAACGAUAAGGGUGAAUGGCACGCUCGCGGUGAUCCCACUGAGAUUGCCAUUCAAGUCUUCGCUUCCCGCUUCCAAUGGAAUCGCAGAGCAUCUGUCUCGGGUGACAACCCUGCAAUGAAGCUUUUGGUUGAAUUUCCAUUUGACUCCGAUGUCAAGAAGAUGAGCGUCAUCUACAGGGAUCUCCAGAGCAAAGAGAUGUACGCCUUCACCAAGGGCGCGGUUGAGCGUGUUAUUGCCUCUUGCACGUCCUACCUCGAUUCCGAAAACAAGCCUGUGGAGAUGACCGAGGAGUUUCGCGAGCAAAUUCUGGAGAACAUGGAAGCACUGGCCAGCCACGGUCUUCGUGUUCUCGCUCUUGCCAGCCGUAACUACAAGGAGUCCUACGAAGAGGGUCAGGAGGUCGACCGUGCUACCGUUGAGUGCGACCUGAUCUUUCGCGGCCUCAUCGGCCUAUACGAUCCACCACGUCCCGAAUCUGGUCCAUCCGUCAAGCAGUGCCACGGAGCUGGUAUUGAAGUCCACAUGCUUACUGGUGAUCAUCCUGGCACUGCACGAGCCAUCGCCGCUCAAGUCGGUAUCUUGCCCAAGAACAUGAACGAGUUCAACAAAGAGACCGCCGAUUCCAUGGUCAUGACUGCCGGACAGUUCGACAAGCUCUCAGACGACCAAAUCGAUGCUCUUCCGGUCCUACCACUUGUCAUUGCUCGCUGCGCACCACAAACCAAGGUCCGCAUGAUCGAAGCCCUUCACCGACGCAAGCGGUUCGUCGCCAUGACCGGCGAUGGCGUGAACGACAGUCCUUCUCUCAAGCGCGCAGAUGUCGGUAUUGCCAUGGGCCAAGCUGGUUCUGAUGUCGCCAAAGAUGCUUCCGACAUCAUCUUGACCGAUGACAAUUUCGCCAGUAUCCUGUCCGCCGUCGAGGAAGGUCGCCGCACAUUCGACAACAUUCAGAAAUUCGUGCUCCAUCUCCUCGCCCAAAACGUCGCUCAGGCCCUGGUCUUGCUCAUCGGUCUUGUCUUCAAGGACUCCGACAACCUCUCCGUCUUUCCCAUCUCUCCUAUCGAGAUCCUGUGGAUUAUCAUGAUCACCAGUGGUAUCCCAGACAUGGGUCUCGGCUUCCAAGAGAAGGCGCCCGACGUUCUCCGCCGCCCACCGCAGUCCCUCAAGCGUGGAAUCUUCACCAUCGAGCUCAUGGUCGACAUGGUCGUUCUCGGUGUCUGGAUCGCCGCACUCUGCUUGGCCGCCUUCGUCCUAGUCCUCUACGGCUUCGGCUCCGGCACCAUCGGCAGCGGCUGCAACGAAGAUGUCGGCGACGGUUGUGGUCUCGUCUUCCGCGCUCGUGCCACCGCUUUCGCCUGUCUCGUCUGGUUUUCGCUCUUCCUCGCGUGGGAAGUCAUCGACAUGCGUCGCUCGUUCUUCCGCAUGCAACCCGACUCUACCCGCUAUCUCACCCAAUGGAUGCACGAUGUAUGGCGCAACCAAUUCCUCUUCUGGGCUAUCGUCUUCGGAUUCGUGAUGAUCUUCCCGCUGUUGUACAUUCCCGUCAUCAGCGACAAUGUGUUCCGUCACUCGGGCAUCUCUUGGGAAUGGGCCAUCGUCUUCAUCAACACGAUCUUGUUCUUCGUUGGUGUUGAGGGCUGGAAGUGGGCGAAGCGAGUAUACUUCCGUCGCCAGGCGGCCAAGUCGACGGGUGCGGAGGCCGACUUGGAAACGAGGAUGUUUGAGCGAUACCUCACGCAGAGCAGCCAGGACGAAGAGAAGGAGAAGGUCUAA